AUGCUCUCCGCCAAUCUUUUUUUCACCAAGCUGUUUUGCUACCUCGUUGACGCGACACAGAACACAACGGCAUCUGACGACAGGCAGACGGUUAUGUACACCACUGGGUCCUAUGUCAUUUGCGAAGUUUCCUGCGAGUUCUGUGACAACAAGCUUGGCGUGACGUACGUCGUGGCCCCCGAUGCGAAAAACGAAUACAAGGUUGGCAAGUUCCUGCUGGGUGCCGAUCGGCUGAUCCUCCCCCCGGGCGUGACACAUCCGAAG